UUAGUGAGAGAGAGUCUGAUCCUUCAUUAUUCAUUUUGUCUUCUUCUUUUCUAUAGCUAUAUUAGCUAGUGACUCACCUACUCUAAUCUAAAUUCUGCUGACAAUAAUUAUGCUUUAUCCAAUACUAUUCUCUCAAUUCUGUGAAUUUUCUCUCUAAUGGCGAUGGAGGAAGACAACGAGAGCUGUGGUAGUCGACCUGUGCAGUCACCGCAACGACAGUCUUGGCAGCAGAAGCAGAAGUUGGAGGUGUACAACGAGGUGCUUAGUCGAAUCCAGGAUUUGAAUUGCGAGGAGGCUAAUCUUCUCGGCUUCGAUGAUCAGCUAUGGCUUCACUUCAAUCGUUUUCCUUCUCGAUAUGCGUUGGAUGUGAAUGUGGAGAGGGCAGAGGAUGUGCUGACUCAUAAGAGAUUACUGCAAUUGGCAGAAGAUCCUGCUAAUCGACCCGCAUUUGAUGUUCGCUCAGUUCAGGUUCACCCUAUUGCAAAUGGCAAUCUUGUUGAUUCUGUUAAUUUGGAUUCUUCAAUGAAAGAAGAUGCACAAAGUUCUUUUCAUAAUGGAAACAGACUGACGAGCCAUCCGCCACCUACCUUUGGUUCAUCUCCAAACCCUGAAGCACCUGCCAUUCAAGGCAAUAAAGAUAAUGUUGAGGAUGAGGACAGUGCCAUGAAUGUGACACCAUACUUGUCUCGGCCUACGCAUGAGAUCACAUUUUCAACAACUGACAAGCCCAAAACCCUAAACCAGUUAACAUCAUUACUUUCUGAGAUUGGACUGAACAUUAUAGAAGCUCAUGCUUUUUCUACCGGGGAUGGAUUCUCUCUGGAUGUCUUUGUUGUUGAUGGUUGGCCUUGUGAGGAAACCGAGGAGCUUAAAAGUGCAUUGAAAAAAGAAAUUUUAAAGUCUAAGGAGCAAUAUUGGUCCAAAGAGCAUUCGGGUUAUGCUAUAGGUGGGCAUAACCAGAGAACGCUUGAAAAGUUGUCUAAUUGCGUAGAAAUACCGACUGAUGGAACUGAUGUCUGGGAAAUUGAUGCCAGGCAAUUGAAAAUGGGAAACAAAGUUGGAUCCGGGUCAUUUGGAGAUCUGUAUAAAGGCACAUAUUUUAGUCAGGAAGUGGCUAUCAAAAUCCUCAAACCUGAGCGUGUCAAUGCAGAGAUGCUGAGAGAGUUUUCCCAGGAAGUUUAUAUAAUGAGGAAAGUCCGUCACAAGAAUGUCGUGCAAUUCAUAGGUGCAUGUACACAGCCUCCAAACCUGUGCAUUGUGACUGAGUUCAUGUCUAGAGGGAGUGUAUACGACUUUCUGCAUAAACAUAGGGGUGUAUUUAAGCUUCCAUCUCUGCUCAAAGUAGCAAUUGAUGUUUCCAAGGGAAUGAAUUAUUUGCACCAAAACAAUAUAAUCCACAGGGACCUCAAGACUGCCAAUCUUCUGAUGGAUGAAAACGAAAUCGUUAAGGUUGGUGAUUUUGGGGUUGCCAGAGUGCAGACUCAAUCUGGAGUGAUGACAGCUGAAACUGGAACAUACCGUUGGAUGGCUCCUGAGGUUAUUGAACAUAAAGCAUAUGAUCACAAGGCAGAUGUUUUCAGUUUUGGAAUAGUACUUUGGGAGCUUCUAACUGGAGAACUCCCGUAUUCCCUCUUAACCCCAUUACAAGCAGCAGUCGGUGUGGUGCAAAAGGGUAUACGGCCUACAAUCCCGAAAAACACUUACCCAAGACUUGCUGAACUGCUUGAGAAGUGCUGGCAGCAAGACGCAGCUCAAAGACCUAACUUCUCUGAAAUCAUAGAAAUCCUUCAGCAGAUAGCUGAUGAGGUUCAGAAUGAAGAAUGCAAGGAUAAAUCAUCUGGUGGCCUUUUUUCAGCAUUCAGAAAGGGCCAUCAUUGAAAGAGCAAGAUGAGUAAAGAUCUUUAAUGCGCUACACAUGAUCUUACUGUAUCGAUCUUUUUCAAUCAUAUGUACAAUUUGCAAUGUAUAGUAUUUUGACCGAGAAUUCAACCUUGUUUUUUGUCUCGUAAAUUAGCAGUUUAUUGUUCCUUGUA